UUUGUGUUGAACACUAACGUCAACACUACAGAAUGUUUCGUGUUGAAGUGGUUCAUCAAAACGUUCAGUAAUGAAGUGGUUCCUCACGCGCCCACUUCUAUCUGUUUUCUGUCAUAAAUUUUCCACCAUGACCAGCUCCGGCGCCAAUCCCUUUGUCCAGUUCCAGGCAUCCUUUACCCAGGACGGCAAUGUCUACAAGUAUUUUGAUCUGCCCUCCAUCGACAGCAAAUAUGAUUCGCUGCCCUUCUCCAUUCGCAUUCUGCUGGAAUCUGCGGUGCGCAAUUGCGACAAUUUCCAUGUGCUGGAGAAGGAUGUGCAGAGCAUCCUGGGAUGGACUCCAUCGCUGAAGCAGGGAACCAGCGAUGUGGAAAUUCCCUUCAAGCCAGCUCGUGUUAUAUUGCACAUAUUGCCUACUUUCAGGACACUACUGGCGUUCCCGCCGUCGUGGACUUUGCUGCCAUGCGGGAUGCUGUCCGUGACCUGGGCGGCAAUCCGGAGAAAAUCAAUCCCAUCUGCCCGGCUGCUAUGACCAUCGACCAUUCCAUUCAAGUUGAUUUUGUUCGCUCCUCGGACGCGUUGACCAAAAACGAGUCUCUGGAGUUUCAGCGCCAUAAAGAGCGAUUCACCUUCCUCAAAUGGGGAUCCCGCGCUUUCGAUAAUUUGCAAAUUUUGCCCCCCGGUGCUGGCAUUGUGCAUCAGGUUAACUUGGAGUACCUAGCCCAAAUGGUCUUCGAGAGUGACAAUUCAGAUGGAUCAAAGACCAUUUACCCGGAUAGCAUCUUGGGCACUGACUCCCACACGACAAUGAUCAAUGGUUUGGGUCUCCUAGCCUGGGGUAUUGGCGGCAUCGAGGGGGAGGCCGUGAUGUUGGGCCAGUCCGUUUCCAUGCUGCUGCCAGAGGUGAUUGGCUAUAGGCUAGAGGGCAAACUAGGCCCGCUGGUCACAUCCACCGAUCUGGUCUUGACCAUCACCAAGCAGUUGCGUCAGCUAGGUGUCAUCGGCAAGUUCGUGGAGUUCUACGGCCCCGGAGUGGCAGAGCUCAGCAUUGCAGAUCGCGCCACCAUCAGCAACAUGUGCCCGGAAUAUGGAGCCACUGUGGGUUUCUUCCCAAUCGAUGAAAGCACCCUGAGCUACAUGCGCCAGUCCAAUCGCUCAGAGAAGAAAAUCGAUAUUACCCGGCAGUAUUUGAAGGCUACUCGACAGUUUCGUGACUAUUCCCGUGAGGAUCAAGAUCCCCAAUUCACGCAGUCUAUAACUCUGGAUUUAUCCACGGUGGUGAGCUCGGUUUCGGGGCCCAAGCGACCGCACGAUCGCGUUUCCGUAACUAGCCUGUGCGAAGACUUCAAGUCGUGCCUUGUAAGUCCUGUCGGCUUCAAGGGAUUCGCCAUACCGCCGAGUGACUUGGCUGCCAGUGGUGAAUUCCAAUGGCAUGACGGAAAGACCUAUAAGAUUAAUCAUGGUUCGGUUGUGAUUGCUGCCAUUACCUCCUGCACGAACACUUCGAAUCCCUCGGUGAUGUUGGGCGCUGGUCUGCUGGCCAAAAAUGCCGUGCAAAAAGGCCUGAGUGUUCUGCCUUACAUCAAGACCUCAUUGUCACCAGGAUCUGGGGUGGUUACUCACUAUCUCAGGGAAUCCGGUGUCAUUCCCUACCUGGAGCAGCUGGGCUUCAAUAUUGUGGGUUAUGGUUGCAUGACCUGCAUUGGCAACUCGGGUCCGCUCGAUGAGAACGUAGUGAACACGAUCGAAAAUAACGGACUGGUUUGCUGUGGAGUCCUGUCUGGAAACCGCAAUUUCGAAGGUCGCAUUCAUCCCAGUACUAGGGCCAAUUAUCUGGCCAGUCCGCUGCUGGUGAUUGCCUACGCAAUUGCCGGUCGUGUGGAUAUCGAUUUCGAGAUCGAACCGUUGGGCGUGGAUUCCAAUGGCAAGGGGGUGUUUCUGCGCGACAUAUGGCCUGCACGCAGCGAGAUUCAGGAUGCGGAGCAGAAGUACGUUAUUCCCUCCAUGUACCAGGAGGUGUACAGCAAUAUUCAGCUGGGAUCGAGGGACUGGCAGACGCUGGAGGUGGCUGAUAGCACGUUGUAUCCGUGGAAUGAAGAUUCAACAUACAUUAAACUACCACCGUUCUUGAAGGGUAUGACUCGUGAGCUGCCCAAACUUAAAGGUGUCGAGAAGGCUCGCUGUCUGCUGCUUCUCGGCGACUUUGUGACCACCGAUCACAUAUCGCCAGCCGGCGCCAUUGCACGAAAUUCACCAGCAGCACGCUAUUUGUCAGAUAGGGGUCUGACGCCUCGCGACUUUAACAUGUAUAGCUCGCGGCGUGGCCAUGAUGCCGUGAUGGUACGCGGAUGUUUUGCCAACAUCCGUCUGGUCAACAAACUGGCCUCCAAAAUCGGAUCCCUCACCCUGCACGUGCCAAGUGGCGAGGAGAUGAACGUCUUCGAUGCGGCGCAACGGUAUGCGAGCGAAGGUACACCUUUGGUUCUGAUCGCGGGCAAGGACUACGGCAGUGGCAGCUCACGUGAUUGGGCUGCCAAGGGACCAUUUAUGUUGGGCGUCCGAGCGGUAAUCGCUGAAUCGUUCGAGCGCAUUCACCGUUCCAAUCUGGUGAACAUGGGCAUCAUUCCGCUGCAAUUCUUGCCUGGCCAGAGCGCCGAAACCCUGAAACUGAGUGGCAAGGAGGUGUACAACAUUGUCCUGCCCGAGAAUCUGAAGCCGGGCCAGAGGAUUCAGGUCGAUGCCGGUGGCAAUGUCUUUGAGACCAAGUUGCGGUUCGACACCGAAGUGGACAUAACGUACUACAAGAACGGUGGCAUUUUGAAAUACAUGGUCCGCAAAAUGCUAGAUUCGUGAAUGCAAUAGUUAACUUGUAUAUUCCAUAUGCAUUUAAAGGUGAUAUUUAACUGUUAUUUUGUGACAGAAAAUAAAAUUAG